AUGGAAGCAGCAACAAAGAACGCUACCUCGAUAAUAUGUCACGCCCCGAUACGUGACAAGGGUCCAUCCCUUCGCAUUUCCAACGUUGCUCUUGCUUCUGCCACUGCGUUCUGCGCGCUUACCCGUGUCAUCUACAAGGCGGCAUUCUCCGUCGGUGAACUAGGGUGGGAUGACUACAGUGUCGUUGCCGCCCUAGUUGCUGGUGUACCAUCAGUCGUUAUCAUCGACAGGGCUAUCGUCCCUAACGGACUCGGAAGAGACGUCUGGACAGUCAGCUUUGACCAAAUCACCAACUUUGUCAAGUACCUUUACGCCUUGGAAAUCCUCUAUUUCCUCCAGCUCGCCCUUUUAAAACUCACGCUCCUUUUCUUCUUUCUACGGAUUUUUCCCAAGAUGAUCAUCAGACGACUACUUUGGGGCACUAUCGGGUUUAAUGUCCUGAACGGAAUCGCCUUCAUCAUCGUGGCGAUCUUCCAGUGCCAGCCUAUUUCGUUCUAUUGGACAAAAUGGGAUUUGGAAGGUACCGGCAAGUGCGUCGACAUCAACGGGCUAGCAUGGACCAGUGCUAUCAUCAGCAUCGUUCUAGACAUCUGGAUGCUGGCACUACCCUUGUACGAAGUUUUCCAGCUUCAACUGUCGUGGCGCAAGAAGCUUAGUGUUGCCGUCAUGUUCUGCGUCGGUACAUUUGUUACCAUCAUCUCCAUUCUCCGCUUGAGUUCUCUAGUCAACUUCGCCGCCUCAUCCAACCCAACCUGGGACCAAUCAGAAGUCAUCAAGUGGUCCAACAUCGAAAUCAACGUCGGAAUCAUAUGUGCCUGCCUGCCUGCCCUCCGCGUCAUCCUCGUUCGCAUGUUCCCCAAGCUGAUGGGUACGACCAAAGCCACGGACCGACCAUACUACGCAUACGGCAGUCAGAGUCAAGGGCUGAAGAAAGGAGAAAGUGCACUAGGCAGUGUGAGCGCACCUGGAACAGCAAUCUCAACCCCACAUUCCAUCACUUACACAAAGACAUUCGAGGUCCAACGUACUGAAAGUGAUGAGCAGGAGCUCGUUCAAAUGGAGAUGAACAAUUAUGCAUCGAGAAAACCAAAACAUCAGAGCAACAACACGAGUGUGUCGAGCCUAUAG